CGUUUCCUUUUUUGUAUUAUUUUUCAGCGCAAGAUAAAAUGAAUCAUUGAAAUAAAUUUUUCAGCGUCAUUUUGUGAGUUGCUCAGUAGUGCUGUAGAGCCAGAAAAGUAAUUUUCAUUUCACUGUUUAUUUUCAUUUGCUUUUAAUUUGACAUGUGCUGAAAAGGAUCAUUGAAAUCAUUUGAUCACUGCUGAUCAAAGGGAAAAGGAUCAUUGAAAUUUUGCUAUUCAUGUACCAUGAAGUGGUUCUGCUAUAUCCGAGCGAAAGUGACACGCAUUUCACUAGUUCAUUUGCUAACUUUGUAAUGUAAGCUACCGAAAGAUUUCAACUUGGUUAUCGAAAGUUCAAUGAAAGGGAAAUCACAGUUGAUAGUGAAGGUGAAUGUAUAGUUCCAAUUUAAGUGGAGGAAUUCUAUGGCUGAUAUAUUUUUAGAAUAGCCUAGCUUUCCAGGUGUGCAGCAGAUUCAGUUAGCAGAUUUCAAUUGUGCGUACGGUAGAAGGCGCUGGCAUCAGGAGGAUGCUCCAGAUGAAGCGCAAGAGCAGGGACUUUGAGAGACUGAAAAGCAGCGGUUGCGUGCGGCUGCCUUUUGAUCUGUUCCCGGCUCUCCAGCAUCUCGUGUUUCUCCCCCCAACACGCUGGUCGAUGUUUUCGUGCGUUGAGAGUUUCUUCUUCUUCGAGUGAAGACUUCCUGAAGUUUCUUCUUCGUGUGAAGACUUUGUGAAGUUUCUUCUUCUUGGUGUGAAGACUUUGUGAAGUUUCUUCUUCGUGUGAAGACUUUGUGAAGUUUCUUCUUCUUCGUGUGAAGACUUUGUAAAGUUUCUUCUCCGAGUUUUUCGAUUACCAUAGACACCUAUUUUUAACUUAUGGCUUUCGAUUUCAUCGGAGAAAUGAGACACGCAGUGAUAAGAAGAAGAUGGAAUAUUCUAAAGAUGAAAGUUUGACUCCGACUGAAAAUUUAAGGGGAAAGAAGUGGUGGAUCGUCUUUGAGUCGUCACAGGUAUCCAGCUUAAGGAAUCUUUCCUGCAAAGAAGGUUCCAGAAAAUUGGAUAUUCGAACAACCUGUUGGAAAACACACAGCAGGGAUUUUGAAAAAAGCCUUUCCUGGGCAGCUCAAAAGUCUGAUUGUCCUCUUCAUUUAUUGUAGCUGACAUCAUGGCUUCGCAGUCUGGAAAUUCAAUCAGCACUACGACCGCAUUGUCAUUGUCAUUGACAUCGAUUUAUUUUAAUGCGACAAAUGCGACCGUCGAGUUGAUGUCUGAACCCGAAGCAGACAAACCCCCUUACUCUAUGUUUGAGAUGAUUCUUAUUGCCAUUGUAGCAGGGUUUUUAAGCAUCAUCACUGUAAUUGGGAACAUCAUGGUUAUGAUUUCUUUUAAAAUGGAUAAACAGCUGCAGACGAUCAGCAACUACUUCCUUCUAAGUCUGGCAGUUGCUGAUUUUUCAAUUGGGCUUAUAUCCAUGCCGUUGUUCACUAUGUAUUUGUUGAUUGGUACUUGGCCUCUUGGGGAUUUCGUUUGCGAUUCUUGGUUGGCUUUUGAUUACCUUAACAGCAAUGCUUCUGUGCUUAAUUUGCUCAUCAUCAGUUUUGACAGAUACUUUUCUGUCACUCGGCCGUUAACUUAUCGAGCAUUGCGAACAACUAGAAGGGCUGCAUUUAUGAUUGCAUCAGCUUGGGUUAUAUCCUUAAUGCUUUGGCCCCCUUGGAUUUACGCUUGGCCCUAUAUAGAAGGUCGUAGAACCGUCAAGAAAAACCAUUGUUAUAUUCAGUUCUUGGAGACCAACUCAUACGUCACUUUUGGUACAGCUUUGGCAGCAUUUUACGUUCCUGUAACGGUAAUGUGUUUCCUUUAUUGGAGAAUCUGGCGUGAAACAAAGCAGAGGCAAAAGGAUUUGACCCAGUUACAAGCUGGGAAGAAGGAAGAUAGUCGGAAAUCCACUUCAAGCGAUGACCCGCCAGAACACGAAGAAGUUGCGCGCAAAACUGAAGACUGCAGAAGAUUCCGAACUGAUUCGUGCGUUCUUGAAGAAAAUCUGGAGACAACCUAUGUACCCACAUCACUCUGCGUUGAAACAUCUAAAUACCUUCCGAAGACUAAGGAAUCCAAGCGAUUGAAGAUUACCCAGUUACUGCGGACUUGGUGCCGAUUUGACAAAGAAGGUGAUCAUCAAGAGGAAGAAAGUACUAGUCAUGAAUCUCCGGUUACUACUCCGGCUUCUCUCGAGACCCCAAUGCAACCAUGCUCCAGAACAGCUUCUAUGAAUUUCAGGAUCGACCAUCGUAUUCCACUGCAGGCUCAGACAUCAGUGCAGAAGACCAAUGACCAGGCUAUCCCAAUGACUGAACGCAAUCAAAGAAGAUUUGAACCCAUUAUACCCGAAUGGAAACGCCAGACAACUGCUUUGACUCCAAAACCCGUUGCCAUUCCUGUGGUACCAACUGCUUCGACUUCAGGCGCUAGCACCAGUGGAAUGUCAGUACGCCCUAAGCAACCAGCAACUGCACCAACAACCCCGCAAACUCCCCUUUGCUCGCCUGAUUCCGUAUAUACCAUUCUGAUACGUUUACCUCCAAAAUCAGCUUCUGUUGAAGGAGAAAGCCAGGCCUCUAUCAAGAUGAUUAUGGAAGAUGAUGAGAAUCCUGAUGCUAUAGUACCUCUUAAUGAUGGUGAAAAUAAUAAGCCGACUUUGGAGAUUGGAGGAGCCACUAACAGUUUGCUGAGAGGAAUGAGAACCGCUGAUCCUGCUGUGGAUGCCAUACGAUUACCUUUGAAUACGAAAUUGGUUCAUAAGCAAAUUGCCAAGCACCGAGCUCCGAAAAAGAAGCGUAAACAGCAGGAAAGAAAACAGGAGAUGAAGGCUGCCAAGACCCUCAGCGCUAUUCUCUUUGCAUUCACUGUCACCUGGACCCCCUACAACGUGCUGGUCCUCUACAAGACCCUGACCAACUGCGAAGAUGAUGAUUGCAUCACCCCUGGAUUAUGGAAUUUUGCAUAUUACUUGUGCUACAUCAACAGCACCGUGAAUCCGUUUUGUUACGCACUCUGCAAUGCAAAUUUUAGAAGAACAUACACCAGAAUUUUAUCCUGCAAAUGGCACAACAAGAAGAAGACCCUGGAUAACCGUGGCUAUUUUACUUAAAUGUUUAUACAUGUUCUUUGUAUUAUCUUAUGGUGGUUAAAUGUUGUGGACGUGUUGAUGUUUUUAUGCAUUUGUGAUGUAUUUGUGGUAUCUGGAUAUUAACAUCUUUGUGUAUUUUAUCACCUUAUUCACAUUUGUAGUUUGCUACAAAUGAUUUGUAAAUACACUUUAUUCUUCAUUGUUAUUCAAUAAA